AUGGAGAAGUACACCCAGUUCAGAGAUAAAGCCACCGGGAUCUCCCCCUUCAUCCCAGUGGCCUCAGCCAGCUCAUCGUGGUCUCUGGUCGGAGUACUGGUGCUAGUGCUAAGACUACCUCUGCUGCUCCUCGUGCUACCACUCUACCCAUUAUCACCCACAACGUGGUGCAAGCUGACCUCGUGGAUCCUUGGUCUGUGCAAAGUAGACACCUCGAUCCACGGGAUGAAAAGAUCAACAGACAUCUCAAACUUCUACCCUAAACAAGGUGAAUUGUACAUCACAAACUUCACCUCUCCAUGGGACAUCUUCAUCAUCUUUGGUUCUCUAAUUACAAACUCCACCCCGGUCCUAUUGAUCCCAAGAGAUAACACCUUUUAUCAGCUAAAAUCACCUUUGCAGUUCAUCAAAUUUGCUCUCGGCUAUGACCUGGACUUGCCGAUUUAUACCUGCUCCACUAAGGAUACCUGCUUCUUAUUCGCAGAAGGUACCACUUCGAAUGGUAAAUCGUUGUUGAAGUUUGCUCCAGAGAUUCAAUUGGACAAGUUCAAACAAUUCAAGUUCAAAACCCUACAGAUUAAGCUACAGCCUGUUUCAUUCUGUACUCCUCUACCAAUGUCAUUAUCACAGUGGUGUUUCCGAAUGUUGACAAACGUCAAGCUGUUGAAUGCCAAAUGUAAAAUUGGCUUCAUAGAUACAUACGACGAUAAAGUGUUGGAACGUGCAAGAGAGUUGUUCAUUACAAAUGGUAAACUGAAAUCAGUGGAUUUGGGAAUCCAUGAAAAGAAGCAGUUCCUGGCCAUCUAUGCAAAGAACCAUAGCUAA